AUGGAAUCAGGAGCAGCGAACUUAGAGCAGCCCUGGAAGUCUGUUAGUGACAGCUUCAAUAAAACUAGGGCUAGCGACAAGGAUAUCUUCUACGGUGCCGCUAUUGGGGAGAAAAUGUCAGUCCCAGGUUCAGCUGGGGAGGUCAAUGUGACAAUCCUGUAUGACACAGGUGACUAUGACAACGAGGAUACGAAGCGUCCCCACCGCGACCUGCCCACUCAAGAGGUGUCUCAUAAAACUCGCGAUUGA